GUCCGCGCUGGCUUCCCAUCCCUGUGCUUCAUGCCAUUGUCUCGUUGUCAAAAACAGUCUGUCUGGUCGGAAACUUAGCUGGGUGUUGCUGAAUGGCAUGAGUUGUUGAGCAGUGCCAGCAGUCAUGGCCGAGCUGGAGGUGGAUCAGUCCAACCUGCCCAGAAUCCAGGAGGUGUGCCAGUGUUUUGCUGUACUGGAAGAUGGAGCUCUAGCUCAUAACCUGCAGGAACAGGAAAUUGAGCAGUAUUACAACUCAAAUGUGCAGAGGAGUCAGCUGGUGCAGAGGGACAUCAGAGUAGCCAAGAGACUCCAGGAUGAGGAGGAGCAGACAGCUCAGAUGCUUCAGCAACAGGCCACUCGCCAGCUGGAGGAACGGGAUUCGGAAUACGCACAAAUGAUUCAGGAGGAGAUCCAGCGGCGUGCGGAGGAGGCUCUAAGAAGGGAGGUGGAGGACGAGGAAAUUGCAAAAAGGAUACAGGAAGAGGAAGAGCUUUGUGAGAGACACGGGAGCAGUUACCAAAAUAAAGAUGGUAGAGAAUCCAAAAGCAUUCCUGCUCGUCCAUACUCACCCCAGCCUGUUCACGCUCCUCACAACCGGUCUCCAACUAGAAGAUGGCAGCUCUCCUCCUCGCCCACCUACUCAGACUCUGAGGAGGACCUGAUUGAGUACAGUAGGCCUACAGUCAUUCGGCAGGACAACAAACCCACUGUAGGGCAGAGGAAGCUGGUCAGCAGACCUUCCAGAACACGUUUAGAGCAGGACGACAGGAGCUUGACCAGCCAGAGCAGCAGCAGCAGAUCUUCACACCUGUCGGGUGGAUGGGGGGAUGUCAUCAAGCUCAUAAAGAACGAUAUGAGCGAGCAAGGCUACCUCAGCCACAGCUCUGAGGAUGAUCUCUUUGAACCCGUCUAUAAACUUGAGAAAAUAUUGCGACAGAAGCAGCAGGUCUCUGGAAAGAGGCUGAGUCGCCACAGCAGUGUGAGUGAGGAUCAUAGCAGAACGUGGCAGGGAGAUGAUUGCGGACGUAGGGAGAGUUUUAGGGAAAGACAUGUUCAUUUCCCGGAUGAACGGAGGAGCAACCAUGGAAAUAGUUGUAGGACCAAUGAAAAUGGUUACAGUGACACUAUGGAAAGAGUUCCGUGUUCAACAGGGAUAUUAAGGGAUGAUCACACACACCUCAGAGAAACUCAAGGUCUCCAGACUCAAGCUCAAGGGUUUCAACGGAACAUUUCAAUGAGACGUAGCUACCAUGGUAACGUCAGGCGGACAUCGGUGCGUGAGGGAAGCAGAACAUGCAGCGUAGAUGAUUCUAACUUGGCUAGAGCAAGACUCUCAAAUAAUGCCCCCUCACUCCAGACUAGAGCACCACAGUUGAUGGAGGUGGAAGUGGAGGAUCGUUUGAGGGAGAUGGUGAGAGUCAGAAACACACGGCAGAGAGCUCGAUCAUUAGCCGAGGAUGAAAGGAGGAUAGACAGGGACCAAAGGCAUGGAGAGCGUAGAGUGAGGCGAAGUCAAAGCGAGCGCUGGCAGACCUUUGAGGAAGAAAGAUCGAGCACAGAGGAGGAGAUGGAGAGGGAGAGACGGAUGCAGAGACACCAGUCUUCCGGAGCAGGAUCUGCUUUUAGGAGUGGAAUGGCUGCUCUUGACUUGGGAGAGCUGGAGCAAGUGCUGGAGGAUGAGGAGCUGGCCCGCAGGCUUCAGGAAGAGGAGGAGAGAUUGGUCGAAGAGACUCAGCCUGGUUCCUCUCCUCUUAGAAGGGACUGUCCUGUUGGAGACUUCAGAGCGGCACAGGUUGCUCAAGAUGAGGAAAUUGCACGUUUCAUGCAGAAACAGGAGAUAAAGGCUAAACGGAGAUCUCGUGAACUGGAACCUGUUGGACCUGGGCGGGAAUACAGGGAGAAUGACAGGAGAACAGCGUGUGACAGACAGAGGCGGAGACUGGAUUCCGAAGGUCUUCAAUCCCCAGUUGAUGACCUCAUCCCUGGUCACAAUUCCAUGACAAUGCAAGCGCAAGCCAUCAGGAAUAUUGCAGAAGAGCUGGACCCCACCUUUCAAAGGAAGGAUGCAGCUGAAGCAGGACAAAUGAAUGGUCCCUGUCUAAAUCAAACUUCACAAGUAGGCUUGUACAAUCCCUUGGAAGAACCUGCUUUUGUGCCACCCACGAAACGACAGGGUGACAAACCGGGACAAGCAAAGCCCAAGGAGAAAAAGGAAAAUUCGAAACAGAAAGACAACUGCAAGCAGCAGUGAUGCUGGACAAAUGAACUGCAAUAAUGAAUUCAUAACCAUAAAAGAUUAAAGAUAUGCAUGCAUGUCCUGACAGGCUCGGGCUUUCCAGUCUUCUGCUUUCUCUAAGACUUGUGGAAUACUUUUUUAACCAACAAAUCAACUUGCAAAACGGGGACACUCCAUCCAGAUAAUGCUGCUAUUACUAGUGAACAUCUGUCUAGGUCUUUUUUGGUUUAUCUGUUUCAUUUUUGUUUAGCAGCUGGUUAUAGGCUGGUGUGUCACCACAGUGGGAAAGCUCCCUCUAAUAGUGCCUGGCAUUAGACAUGACUUCUGGGAAAACCUGAAUGUUUUGAUAAAGGAUGUUGGCACAUGGUUGAGUUAACCUCUGGAGUUUUUCUGUA